GCGUCGCACCGCCGGGGACGGACAGCGCAAAGCAGCCUGGGAGCGGCCAACAGGUCGCGGAGUGCUGAGACUGCCCGGGACAGCCGCUGUCACUUGGCCGGGCGGCUGCUAGGGAACGGUUGACGGAAUUCCUCCGAUGCGGCCUGGGCGGAGGACACAGAUGCCUUCCGUAACUAUCAGAGCUUCAUGAGGAAAGAACAUCAAUGAGGACAGAAAGCAUGGCCGUGUUUAAGCAACAGCAAGUGGAGGACUUCUAUAAAAUUGGAGAACAGCUGGGAAGCGGACAGUUUGCUGUCGUGCAGCGCUGCACGGAGAGGAGCACUGGCAUCGAUUACGCCGGAAAAUUCAUCAAGAAGCGGCAGAGCCGGGUGAGCCGGCGCGGGGUGCGCCGCGAAGAGAUCGAGCGUGAGGUCGGCAUCCUGCAGCACAUGCAGCACCCCAACAUCAUCACGCUGCAUGACGUCUAUGAGAACCGCACCGACGUCGUGCUCAUCCUUGAGCUGGUGUCCGGGGGAGAGCUCUUCGACUUUCUGGCCCAGAAGGAGUCGCUGAGUGAAGAGGAGGCUACGCAGUUCAUAAAGCAGAUCCUCGACGGGGUUCACUACCUCCACACCAGGAAGAUCGCCCACUUCGAUCUGAAGCCUGAAAACAUAAUGCUGCUCGAUAAGAACGUCCCCCUGCCGCGGAUAAAACUGAUCGAUUUUGGUCUAGCUCAGAAAAUCGAGGACGGGGUGGAGUUUAAGAACAUUUUCGGCACUCCUGAGUUUGUAGCUCCAGAGAUUGUCAACUACGAGCCCUUGGGUUUAGAGGCAGAUAUGUGGAGCAUAGGAGUCAUCACAUACAUCCUGUUAAGUGGGGCUUCACCUUUUCUCGGCGAAAAUAAGCAGGAGACUCUCGCCAACAUCUCGGCCAUGAACUACGACUUCGACGAGGAGUUCUUCAGCCACACCAGCGACCUGGCCAAGAGCUUCAUCAGGCAGCUGUUAGUGAAGGACACCAGGAAGAGGAUGACAAUUCAAGAUGCACUUAACCACCCAUGGAUUAAGUCUCAUGAGCACAAAGAUGAAACCAGGGCACCGGAGAGCAAGAAGAAGGACCAGAGGAAGCUGAAGACCAAGCGCCUGAAAGAGUACACCAUCAAGUCCCACUCCAGCAUGCCCCCCAACAACACCUACGUCAACUUCGAGCGCUUUGCUCAAGUAGUGGAAGACAUCUCCUCAAUGGAGACCAGCUUUGAUGACAUUGCUGGACUUCAUGAUUCCCUGCAGGAGGACAUCGAUGCUCUGGUCUCCAUCUACAACGAAAAGGACUCUUGGUACAAGGAGGAGAGUGAGCACGUGCGGCAUGAGCUCUCCCAGAUCCGGUACGAGUUCCGCAAGGUGGAAACCAUGAAGAAACACCUGCAGGACGAUAUUAAGUCAGUGGAUGCCAACCUCAGCAGAAUUGAUGAGAAGUACAAGGACAGGAAGUCACACCUCGAUUCCCUGAGGCAGGAGCUGUCGUCGGAGCUCGUUUGGAUACAGGAGGUCAUCACCUCCUUCCAGGUUGACGUCGGUAACAGAAGCUACACCAAUACAAACCUCUCCUCCGUCUUCAACAAUGAUAUUAAUCAGGCCUUGAAGGAGCUUCUCCAGCAGUCCUGUGGAGAGGAAAUUCUCUCGGGGAUUAAACUGGACUUGAACUGAGGACUACAUUAGCUUAUACUAUGUAGGCCCUUAACAUAAUGUAUGAAGAUUUUGAGAUAUUAAUGAACUUUCUGUUUAUUAUUUAGGUAUUUCAUUCUUGUAUUACAUGAAUAAAUGAAUGAUACAUUUAUUGAACUUAAGGCCUCUAUAUUGGAUGUAGUAGGACCUUACUCAUCUCAUCAUCUCAUUGUAAAUCUCAUCUACAAUCAUAUACAAUAUGUAUAUUCAUUGUUUUCUAAUUUUAAAGAAAAAAGUUUUUAUGUGAUCGUAUUUAAUGUUCAAAAAUGUUACAUUUUGUAGGUACAGUUUUGUUGGGACACUGCAGUCGCUCUGAAUCAGUUUAGCUGUUUUCCGCUUUGUCCUAGUUGUUUUAUAUUGAUUUACUGCAUAUCCAUGUGCUUUUGUUAGCAGUGAAAUUAAUUGUAUGAUUUAGAGUGAUUAAAACACCAGCAGAUGGCUGCAGUUGAGAAUGUGGGAUUAAGGCAGCCGGAGUAACUUCACGUGCAUUCAGAGCUGCUCCUUGCAGUGGCUGUUGUCUUCAUUAUGAGUUUCAUAUGACUUCUCCUGGUGAGGGUUGUGGCGGCAGCUUGCCCGUCAGGUCAGACCGGACCUCUCUGCCCAUCACGGACUCCAGCUCUCUCUGGGAUGCACCCAGACGUUUCCUGGCCAGCUGGGAGAUGGCUUGGCCUGGGUCCCCUGGAUGUGUCCUGGGGAGCUCACCAAGCGCCAUCCUUAUUCGAUCCCCAGAUCAGCUUACUGGGCUCUAUCCCAAGGAGCAGCAGCUCUGUUUCGAGGUGCCUGUGAAUCUUGCGGCCCCCUCGCCCCGCGGGCGGCCUCUCUGGGGACCAUGCGCUUACCGCCCCAUCUGGAGGGAUGUGAACUGCGACUUCCACCCUCCGCCAGGGGUUAAGAGAUAAAGCUUAUGUGUUCAAAAUGAUCUCAGUGACACGCAGUAGUGCACCGACGUGGAAAAUUUGAGCGAUACUGAUAACCGAUAUUAGUGCUGCUGCUUGUUUAGAUCUUGUGAUUGCAUGUAGCGACCGCAUCAGAUAAAGCCGACAUCAUGGGAGACUGUAGCGAAGCGCGAAGUGAUGAAUAAGCCGAAAAAAUCUCUCACCCUUCACUACAGAAAAUGGCUGAUUGUCCAAAGCAAUCAUCUGCCUUAUUUUAAUAGUAAUCUCCUUAGUUCUAGUGCUGCUAACUUUGAAUCUUGACUAAAAUCUAAAUAUUGGUCUGCAAUAUACACCAGGAUAAGGUCGGUGCCGGAAUCUUGAUUAUUAAUGAACGUAGGUCAAUACCAAUUUGUUAAAGAUAUAUGGCGCGUCUCUAGUGAAAUGAUAUUUCUCAUGUUCGUCAUGUUUCUGAUGCUCUUGGCCUGGGAAUUGUGCAGGACUGAAGCCCAGGCUUAUUCUUUCCAUUGAACUGACAGGAUGGAUUAGACGCCAUGAGUAUUUUGUUAUGGUGGCGUGUGAUGUGAGCCCCUACGGUGACCCGUCCUGCCGCCCCCGUCGCCCUCGGCUCGUGCCUUUUUGCUCCUACUGACCUUCGCUCACAUCGUG